AUGGAGUUCAUUAUUCGAAACGUAGAUUUUGGAGCGACUGAAUAUGACGUCACGAAAGCGAUCGCAGAGGUUUUACAUGCGUGUCCCGGACCAUUUGUAUCGGAUGCCGAUGCCCAGCAGCGGCUCAUCAAUUUUAGAGUCACGCUGGACAAGAACGAGUGUGGAGGCGUUCGUAACAGCGGUUCUGGGACACUCAGACUACCCUCUAAGAGCGUGGGGCUGAAAUUCUGUCGGCUUGUUGACGUCGAAGAUGGUAUCACCAUCAAGGUCGGCAAAAAGUGUCUGAAAUUCAGACCUACAACCAAGCAUAUCCCAAACGACAUCCUAAUCACCCUCGCAAAGGCUCCGUACGUGGACCCGGAUAUUGCUCAGAAACGGCAGGAGAAGAUCGAUGCAUUAAGUUCAGACUUUCGGAUCGCCACAGUACAAAUUGGAACGUUCUAUCGCCCUCAAAAUGCUCUACCGUUGGAUCCACGUGCCUUCAGUGUGGAAUGGGAGCGCGAUCUUGUCGACUCUGGGCUUGGGUGGUUGAAAUUCGAAUACGAGCACAAACUGAUCCGUGCAAAGGUUGGCGAUCCGGCGCGGGGACAACUGUUGUACAGCCUGAUCAUUAAGUUCGUCAAUAUCAACAAGAUGGCUGUGGGCUACGAUUUUGGUAAUCAAUACAUAUGUUUCGAUCUGUUCACACCGCCGAUCAUCGAGAGAGAAGACGUCAACAGAACCCUUACCGGCACGCGGUUAGAUUCGCAGAAUUAUCGUGAUCGCAUUGGUGCUCUACAUCCAGGGCAUGAGCAAAUUGCUCCAUAUGCUCAUCACAUACGCAUCAUCCUCUCCGAGCCCGGAGAUCUGGACAAGUUCAAGCAGUUCUGUAGAAUCGCAGAGCUUCGUCCUCCAAUCGACAGCGUCUUCAUCGAAGCUACCCGCCAGGAAUUCUUCACGAGCAGAAAACUGGCCUUGGUUCAAAAAUGGCUGGAAUCAUUGAGCUCAAACUGGCCUGUAGCCUUUCAGAUCGAGGCCCUUCUUCGGAAUGGUAUUGCAAAUACAAAGGAACUCGAGGAUUUGCGCCCGAGGAUCAAUGAACUGAUUCGCCGCCACCAGCCAUCUGCCGCAGCCAUCAUGCGCUUUUUUGUGAUAAGAGCCGCGAGCCGUCCUCCAGGUCAAACAAUUCAAACUCGCUUCGAGCAAGUGCUGCAGGGGAGGCUCGGCAAUAUCCCUCCCGAGGCGCCUCCUGGCCGUUUUUAUUGUCACCAUGUUACAGUCACUCCGACUCGGCUCAUCCUCGAAGGGCCUAACAUAAUGCAAUCGAAUCGUGUUAUUCGCGAGUAUGAAGGCUAUGAAGGUAACUUCAUUCGAGUCGAUUUUCGUGACGAGGAUCGUCUCCAGUAUCGCUGGGAUAGGGAAGUAGAUGGGGCGAGCUUUGUCAGGCACCGUGUCGGAGAAUUUUUGAAGAACGGAUUUAAGCUGGCGGGCAAACAUUUCGAUUUUUUAGCGUACUCCCAAUCUGCCUUGAGGGAGCAUGCCGUUUGGUUCGUUAGCUCCUUCCAGCACGCCGCUAAAGGGCCCGUGAACGCACAUACCAUAAGAAGUGGCUUGGGGGACUUCAGCGGGUGUAUUUUUUCCCCUUCGAAGUAUGCUGCCCGAAUGGCCCAAGCUUUUACGGCGACAGAUCCGUCGGUCGAAAUUCAUCGGUCACAGUGGUCGGAAAUGCCUGAUAUCGUGGAAAACAAUGUCACGUUUUCUGACGGUGUCGGCACCAUCAGCGAGGAACUUGGUGAUAAAAUCUGGGAAAUUCUCCGCAGCGCUCGACGAGAUGGCGGUGCGUAUGCAGUGAAACCUUCGGCUUACCAAAUCAGAUUCCUUGGGUACAAAGGUGUCGUGGCUAUCGACAAGGAACUCCAGGGAAUCCAAAUUUGUUUGCGAGAAAGCAUGAACAAGUUUAAAGAUCAUGGCCAAGAGUACGCUAUGAUAGAGAUCGCGCGUCCCGUCGUGAAACCCAACAUUCCUCAUCUUAACAGACCUUUGAUUACAGUUCUAGAAGACCGAGGUGCCUCAAAAGAAACCUUUAUGGACUUGCAACGAAAGGUCGUCGCGGAGGCACGCACCGCUCACGACUCAGUUGAUAUCUUUGCGAGGCUCUUGGAAAGCCACGGAUUAUCUCAACCCUUCCGACUGGCAUCGGCAUUAAGGAAACUUAACACCCUCGGUCUGGAAUUGAAACCGACACUUCUUCAGCGGAACAUCGACACCCCCUUUUUGGCACAGAUACGAUACUGUGCCAUUAAUCACGUGUUAAGAGCGGUCAAACAUGAUGCACGCAUUCCAAUUCCUAACAGCUACAUGCUGAUGGGUGUCACGGAUGAAGGACCUGCUUACGAGAAAAGAGGCCGCUCGAACGUCUUCAAGCUCGCUCCUGGUAAGAUAUAUGCGUGUGUUCAAAAACCAGGGGAUAAUGAGCCCAUAUGGCUCCAUGGUCCUUGUAUGGUCUCGAGGAGUCCUGUCAUACAUCCAGGCGAUGUUCAGCAAGCAUAUGCCAUCGGAAAACCUCCAACUGAUAAACUCUGCCUUUUUGCUCACCUAAAAAAUGUAGUUGUAUUCUCAUCCACUGGCACAACUUGUUUAGCUAACUCGCUCGGCGGUGGUGAUCUUGACGGCGAUCUCUACGAGAUUAUACAACAUCCACUCUUGAUCCUCCCGGAUCACCAUGAUCCAGCGUCCUAUCCUUCAAGGUCGCCUUUCAAGAUCGAUCAACCCAGCACAAUUGACGACGUGUGUGAUUUUGUUGUGGAAUAUAUCAACUCAGAUGUUGUGGGGCUAGUCUCGAGCAAGCACAUAAUCAUUGCAGGCAACGUGUGUAGUGACGGAACAUUCAAUGAGAGAUGCUUAAAGCUCGCAGAGCUUCACAGCCAAGCCGUUGACUACCCAAAGAACGGAUUGAAGGUCGAUAUGGAAGAUAUUCCUCGCAACCUCAUCCCAUACAAACCCGAUUGGCAUGCAGCAGAGGUGGAGUCGCCCCGACCGACAGAUUAUUAUGAGUCAGACCGCGCCUUGGGCCACCUAUAUCGUAACAUUCAGCUCGAGGAAAUACCCCCCUACCAUCCUCAGCAGCUAGAGAAGCCACUGAGUGACCUGAUUUCCGUUACACUUCGUCCUUUAGUUGAACGACAACUAGAGCGUCGCGAGAGACCUUCGAAACUCAAGGUCUCUAUGGACAGCAUAUACUCAGCAUACCUGGAUGAACUCAUCUACGUUGCAACCUGCCAUACACUCUCACGGGUACCUGGUGCACGCCUACGCGAGGAUGAGAUCGUCGUCGGAACUAUCCUUGCCAAGUGCUCGCAGAAGAGUUGGAAAAGUAAUCGGACAUAUGCAAUGAGAGAAUGCAUUUCUGUCCUCGUUCACGAUAUUCGACGCAGAAUGCUACCGGAUAGUAUGGAGAGCGCGUCGCCUGAUGAUCUGCGGGAUGGCUUAGAGAACGGGUGGUCUGCUUGGGCGCACAGUCACGAGAAGAGUAAUUCAAAAGAGGCUUAUGGCGCGCAAAGCUUCGGUUUGGUUGCGUUGGGAGUCGUGCUGGACUGUCUGGAGAAGCUGCAGGAAAUUUCCUUACCACCAGCUUAA